GCCCCAGGGGGGCCCACAAACGAGUUCCCCGAGCAGCGUCCAGCAGUGGCGACGAGGAGGGCCCUGCCGCAGGCCACCGUCGUCUUGGCUCGCCCUCCCCCGAGCCUGGCGGCGCGCAGAGGGGGGGCCUCACGGGGGAAGGGGGAAAGCUGCCUGGAAGGAGGCUGCUCCUGAGGAGGCGCCGGCCCUGCCUCUGCAGACAAGGCCCGCGCCUUCCGAGCAGCGCAGGAGACGGGUGCCUCCAGGGAGCCUGCCCCCCUCCGCCCGCCCCCCUCUGCGCGUGGCCCAUGAGCGCAGGAGCUCCGGCCCGCGUCUCGCCUUCGCUCGGGCGUCCACUCCCCGUGCGGGUGUUUCGGCCUCGCGCGUGCUUUGUUGCCCGAGCGAUGCAGGCUGCUCCUCGAUGGCCCUCGCCGAGAAGAAGUGCACGCGCCCGAGCGAUGCCAAGACAUGUCCUGCUCACGCGGGGGCCGCGGCCGAGAGGGGUGUAGACCUCGCCCUGGCGCGGCGGCGCGCGCGCCCUCUCGCCAUUCGGCGGGGGCGCGGGUUGCGCGCGCGGCGGCGUGGCUGGCGAGGGCUUAAACGAGUCUCAAGGGGCUGGGUGCGCCGGAGACGGGGCCAGGAAGAGGGGGAGGGGGGGAGGAGGAGGAGGAGAAGGAGACUAUUUGGUACGAUUGCUUAAUCGCGUAGCGAUUGGAUUAGGCCGCCGCGACCCCACUGUGGGUUGCUUUGCUCCUCUGGGCACGCUCAGCUCGACUGAGAACUUUGGGCCAGAGAUUGACAAGGCCAGAUCAUUGGAAGCCCGGAGCAGGGGCCAGGCGUGGCCAUGGGGCUCACUGCUUCAGCGCGCCACCAGCCCCCAGGCCUCGCCCUGGACGGCGGCGGGCUGGUGUACCGCCCGCGGCGGCCCGCCGUGCGCGAGGAGGCCGUGGUGCAGCGGGAAGCCGCCCGCUGGCGAGGCGCUGCUGGGCAGCAGCACCUGCGGCGGCCCCGCCGGCGCCAGCACCGCGGCGCUGGGGGCGUAGCCGAAGCCGGUCCCGGGCGCCGCUUGCCCCACGGCCUGCGGCGCCAGCGGCAGCGGCGGCGCAGGCGCGGCGCCGGCGCUCGGCGCCGCCGCGGCCGCGUGCCAGCUCGCCUGGAUGGCCUGCGCCGCCUGCGCUGCCUGCGCCACCUGCUGCAGAGCCGGCGCCCUGGGGCGGGGCGGGGCGGCGGCAAGCGGGGCCUCGGCGGGGGUCCUGGGCCGCCGCUGCCGCCGCUCGCGGGGCUGCUGCUGCCAGCCC